UAAACAGACAAGCAUAUGUAUGCUACUGUAAAUGGUUGUCUUGACAACAAUGGUGUCAUUUUGGUAGCUGUUCCAUUGUUUGACGGAGGAGGAGGGACUCCAGAUAACCACAUGCUACUAUUGCUAGACGACAUGGCAGUACAGCUGGGAUAUUUAAAGUCAAUAUUCAACUCCCUACUCAACCAAUCUGAAUCAAGCUCACAGCAAGGCUUAAAAGAUCUCACAGAAAAAUACAAUGUGGUAUCAAUUUUGUCAAUGUACUUAAAGUUGAUACUAUGGUUACUGAGAUAUGGUAUCCUCCCUGAACAAUCAGUUGAUGAAGACAUUUCUUUUGCACAACGAGAGUUUGUCUACUCAAAUGCAUCAUUCAAGAACUACUAUAACAAACRACAGUCAGAGAUGCAUGCGUUAGGAGGUGAUGUAAUUGCUAUUGGUUUAAUGAUUGACAAGAUUAUUUCGCAGUUUGAUGGUUUAUGGCUGUCUGCUGUUGGUAAAGAACAAUAUCCACCUUCAAGUUUACAUUCCUUGUGUGGCUUGUAUCUACUGGACAAGGUUACCCCUGACAUGAAGCAUAGUGUUAUUUUCUAUUUUUUACUGGAUGUAUGUAGUAUCAACAAUGAUCUCAAUGAUCGCAAUAUUGCUGAUCAGUUUGCAAAAGCCUUUAGCAUGCCUGAAAACCUGACCAAGCUCAUCAAGGCUUUCUGGUUUCUUGACCACAAGGACUUUGAGAAUGCAAUGAAUCUAUUGGUUGAUGAAUCACUGAAGACUAAAGAGAUUGGACCAUGGCAAAAUAAUUAUAUCAUCAAGACUUUACUCUUGCAAGGAGAAUUUCAAAAGGCCUUACACUUUGUCAAGACAGUUCAUCCAACAAUGCACACAAUUGAAGAUGUUCGCCUUCAGCUUUCAGUAUUAUUGGCUAACGGUUUGGUGACAGAGGCUUUUAAUUUCCAGCGUCAACACAGGAAUCCCAGUAUCAAUGCAGAUCUCUUGAUGCAUUUUUUUAGUGGAUGCCAACAAAAUGGUAACAUAAGCAAAGUCAUGCAGCUUCCUAUGAAUAGUAUUGAAGAGGACCAUUUUGUGGACUUCCUUCAACAUGGUAGAUUUGAAGCAUCCUUGGAGCUUCUAGUGAUGUACUAUCUACAGCAUGGAAGAUAUGUUGAAGGCAUCAGACUGAAUGAAAACAUCAAACAAGAUACAAUGAAUGAGCAGAAUCCCAAAGUGUUAGAAAGGAGCAAAAUUCGCAAUGCAAUAGUUGAUGGUUACAUCAAGUGUCUUCCCAGCAUUCAAAGGAAGCUUAUUUUUCUGCCUGAAGCAUGUCAUUCUCAGCCAACUGUCAAAGAAGUGCCAUGCCCUAAGCCUCUAUCUACAGUCCUUCAUCAUGUCAAACAUGGACGUCCAAUCAGUCAUGCUAGUUUACUAAACUCUGUUAUGGAUAAAGUGGCAGAGGCCAGGCCCCAAACCACACCACAAAAGAGAAGAUCAGGACCAUUUGUAGGGACUCCAUUAACACCUGCCACUAAAGGAUUGUUAAAUGAUUCACAUAGAAUGGUUUUUGCUAAUGUGAAGAAACCUGAAUUACUGCCAGAGGAGACAGUCAAGUCUGCAGAACCAGUUAUUACUACACCAACUCUUUUAGACAAGAAGAGGAGGAAGCAGCUGUACUCAGGAGCGGAUGCCCUGACAUUGUUAACAACUCCCAAGAUUAUCAAGCGGCCAUCAAAGCAUGGUAUUGCCAAUGAGUCUAUCACAGUUUCAACAACACCACAGUCUAUUCUAAAGGUCAGCCGUGUUGUACGGCAUUCUGCAUCUCCUCGUACUUCACCAACAGCAUCACCACCAUUAUUAAGGAGAGGCCUUCCUGACAAASCAAAGCCAGAAAAAGCUAAAGACCACAAUAAGGAUUCAGUAGAUUUUGGUCCUGGGCCAGCAACACCAAGUAGAAGAAUAAGGUUUGCCACAGAAGAUACCUUACCAACCAGUGCAAAAACUCCUGCUGACACUACCUUUAAGGGAGUAGAUAUUACCUCAGAUGUUCCCAUGGAAACAACAGCUAGUGCUCCUGGAGACAUUAAAGGUGUUUCAUUCCUUGAAACUGAUGACACGCAGGAUAAAAAAGUGUCUGAAGACUCAAUAAGACUUGAGUUAUCAAGUUCCACAGAGGAGGAGAAGGAUGGGGAGGAGGAAGGGGGAGAGGAGGGGAAAGCCGAGGUUCAGAUAACAGCAGCAGUUGUUGACUUGAGGGGGAGUUGUGACCUUGAAGAGGAAGCGAUUGGUCACGAAGAGGAAGACUACAGUAGUUAUGAACUGGAUGAGAGUGAUAAUGUCAUAGCUGAAGACAGUGAGGAAGAGGUCAUGAGUAGAAAGGAUUCAAUUCGUUCUUCAAGUAUCAAUGAUCCUCCACCUACAGAUAAGGUUUUACAGCUUGAUAAUGAAGGUCCUUUGAUGAGGUCAUCACCCCAAACUCUAGCUAGUACAUCUUCAGAGGACCUCUCAAGUAAACACAAAACCCCAUCACCUAAAAAGAAAACACCACAGACAAUGUUGGAAAUGAGAACAGAUCUGACCAUAACACCACCCACAUCACCUCAAACUGGUUCCAUCUUGACCCACUCCACAAAAACACAAUCUCAAGAGACAAAAGAGGUUGAGGAAUACRAAUUUUCUCCACCAGCCAUCCUACGCACACCAGGCCCAUCUGAACACCCUUCAACAACCACUGCCACUGACAGCUUUCUUUUUUCUCCGCCCUUGACUCGUUCAAUGAUAAAAAGACGUUCUCUUGAUGUGUCUAAGUCAUCAUCAUCCAAAGUGUCAAUCACUGGAAAGUCACUAAGGCCAAGAAGUCAAUCAGGAAGAUACACUCCUCACCAGUCCCCAACUGACAGCCCUAUAUCAUUUAUCUCGCCAGCCCCCAGUCAGCCAAAAUCUCCAAAGGGCUCUAGAUCAAAGAAUUCAAAGAAACCAGUACCAAAGCACAAAAUGACCUUAAGAUCUAGAUUAACCUUAAGAUCAGCAAAGCUACCACAUAAUUAAAUGCAAUGUACACUUGUUUGUUUGCAUAACUUGAGUGACCAUUUAUUAUCAAGUUUGAUAUUGGACUAUUCUUGACUGUAGUGUUCUMAAUGUUUUCAGACUUAAUGUACUUCCUGUGUUGCAGCCAUCAUUAAAAAGGAAAUGCAGAAACCUUCAAAUCCAAGCAAACAACUACAACAACAAAACACAAACUUAAAAUAAAAUAUUGAACUAUUUAUUUA